AUGGCUUCUCUUGGUGGUAACAUUAUGCCCCUGGACAUGGAUUUCAAAACAACCUUUGCUGGACUCAGCGCAGUCAUCCUUGGCGGCCUGCUGUUUUCCAAAAUUCUUCCCCAAAACGACACAAAGAGCGGCGAGGCUCCCAGCCUGUUGAGAUCCUUCUCGCUCUUUUUCUACUCCUGCUUCAUCAAGCCGCACGAUGGCGACAAGGAGGGCAACCAACAGGGCGCCCUCGAGAGCUUCUAUAAGAAGCAAGCCGGCGUCUAUGAUGCUACCAGGAAGCCCCUCCUGCAAGGCAGAGAGGAUAUGCUUGCACUUGUCGCGGCUCAGCUGAAGGCGAAGGCCCCAAAGGGCUCAAAGAAGGGAGAAAAAGAGAGGCGCAUCUGGGUUGAUGUCGGUGGAGGAACGGGCUGGAACAUUGAGGCCAUGUCCGCCUUCGUCAACGUCCCCGAGUUCUUUUCCAGUGUCUACCUUGUUGACUUCUCCCCCUCUCUCUGUGAGAUAGCUCGACAGCGUUUCGAACGACUUGGCUGGAACAAUGUCAAGGUCGUUUGCGAGGACGCGAGAAAGUUCCGCCUGGAGGAUUAUGAGAAUGAUCUUCCAAGCAACCGCAUCCCUCCUCACUCGCCUGUCAUGAGCUACUUCUCCAAGAAGCAAGCCGAGCAUGGCCGUGCGGAUCUCAUCACCAUGUCCUACAGCCUGUCCAUGAUUCCCGACUAUUACUCGGUCAUCGAGUCGCUCACCUCGCUUCUGUCCCCCGACGGUAUCAUGGGAGUCGUGGACUUCUACGUCCAGUCCGAGAUCGAUUUUGCUUUCCGCAAUUACACUGCUGGACUCGUCGGGCGCAACGUCAACUGGUUCUUGAGGACCUUUUGGCGUGCCUGGUUCGAUCUCGACCGAGUCGGCCUCGAGGCCGGCCGCCGUGACUACCUCGAAUACAAGUUCGGUAGCAUGCUCAACAUCAACGCUCGGAACACUUCACUCGGCCACAUCCCUUACUACAUCUGGGUGGGUUGCCACAAGAAGCCCUUCUCUUCCUCAAGUCUUCCUCACGAGAUUAUUGAGAAGAUCGACGCGCUUGCAACCAACUCCCCUUACCUGUACCCCACCAACCAGAAGGAUGCCCUGACCCGCGCCAUCGAUAAGGCCGCGCCUGAGAUUCGCUCCAAGGCAUUCAUGGCUGCUAUCCAGAACCUGUCUGCAAAUGUUCCUCUGCCCGCCUUCUUCUACCAGAACCACCAUUGGCGUAUCUACUACGACGACCGCCUCCAAAAGCACACUCAGUUCAACGACGAGUACAUCUACGCCUUCACGUGGGAGGACUCGCAGGUCGAUGAGCGCCUGCUCAAGCUUGGCGCUGAUGAUGUUGUUCUGGCCAUCACUAGCGCCGGUGACAACAUUCUCUCUUACGCCAUGCAGAGCCCUGCGAGAAUCCACGCCGUUGACCUGAAUCCCACACAGAACCACCUCCUCGAGCUCAAGGUAGCAUCUUACACGGCUCUCCCGUAUGAGGACUUCUGGAAACUCUUCGGCGAUGGCAAGCACCCUGACUUCCGCACCCUUCUCCUCAACAAGCUGUCUCCGCACCUGUCUAGCCGUGCCUUCCAGUACUGGCUCAAGAACGUCCACGUCUUCACUAACAACAAGGGUUAUGGUCUCUACGACACCGGUGGCUCUCGCCACGCUAUCCGCUGCUUCAAAUGGCUGACCCGCAUAUUCGGUUGCGCUGGUGCUGUGAAAGACUUCCUCGCCACCAAGACACUGAAUGAACAGCGCGAAAUCUGGCACACCAAGAUCCGUCCCGCUCUUCUAUCGAAGCUCGUCAGCACGGUUGUCGUCAGUCAGGAGAGCUUCCUCUGGUCUGCUCUUGGCGUCCCCAAGAACCAACUUGCCAUGUUUGAGAGCGAUCACUACGAGAGCGAUGCCGUCAAGGGUCCCAACCCCAUCUCUCGCAAGACCCGUUCCCACGCUGUCUGGCGCUACAUGAUCGACACCCUCGACCCCGUCGCCGAGGAAACCCACAUCGCCACCAACAACCCGUACUACAUGGUCUCCAUGACGGGCCAGUUCACCCGCCGCUGCCACCCAGACUACCUCGCCGAGAAGGCCCACGCGAAGCUCUCGCGCCCCGGCGCCUUUGACGGCCUGCGCAUCCACACGGAUGAGAUUGACGAGGUCAUCAACCGCAUCGCGCCCAGCACGCUGACCGUCGCCGUCGUCAUGGACAGCAUGGACUGGUUCGACCCCGACUCCUCAGCCGCGGCUGCCCAGAUCACCAAGCUCAACCGCGCGCUCAAGACGGGCGGCCGCGUGCUUCUGCGUUCGUCAGGGCUGAGCCCCUGGUACAUCAAGGUGUUUGAGGCUCAUGGCUUCUCUCCCAAGCGUGUCGGCGCUCGCACCCCGGGAACUUGCAUCGACCGUGUCAAUAUGUAUGCGUCGUGCUGGAUCUGCACGAAGACGGAGAACCUCCCUCCCCCGACGCCGGAGAUGGACCGCGCGGGCGGCUCAGAGAUUACGAGUUUCUCUCUGUAG